UGUCACCUUCUGCCUUAAGCAGAUGUAUGGUCAAACCCUAAAAAUCUACAAGUACAGGGGACUACUGUGAGCCUCUUUUGGCCAUCAUCUGGAUGAGUAAGAUGACGAAGCUCCAGAGGAGACAGGCAGAGAGGGCGUGGGGAGAUCUCCGACAUGGGGAGGGGGAGGAAGAGAGCUUUGUGUGGGGGUCGGAGGUAGAUAAAGAGAGGGAGAGAGUGUGCCCCCCCUCCCCUGAGGAGUUCUGGGAACCUUUAUGACUGACUGGAGAGCCAGGGAUCCAGUGCGAGGUGCCAGAGAGACUGCUAACAGCUGUUUUACAGUGUUGAGGGUGUUGAGAGAGUCCAGUUCUCCUGUUGCUGUCAUGGGCUUCAGGGCGGUGCUGCUGUCCUUCCUCUUGGUGUCUCUGAGCUGGACCAGAGGAGCCGUCAUAACAGGGGCCUGUGAGAGAGACAUGCAGUGUAGUUUUGGGUUUUGCUGUGCUGUCAGUCUAUGGCUGAGGGGUCUGAGGAUGUGCGUCCCAAGAGGUGUGGAAGGAGACGAAUGCCAUCCCUUUAGCCAUAAGGUGCCCUAUCCAGGCAAAAGGCAACAUCACACCUGCCCCUGUCUCCCCCACUUGGUGUGCACCAGGUAUGAUGAGAGCAAGUAUCGAUGUACUGAGGACUUCAAAAACAUGGACUAUUAAAAGACAGAUGAAAAAGCCUGCAACAGAAACAGCAUUUCAGAGUGAAGACCAGGCUGUGGAUCUGACACACGUAUUUAUUCUUCACUGACUGUACAGUAUUCUUCAUUUGUGUACUCUAUACACUAUAAUACAUAAUUUGGAUUCCAUUAAUCCACACAUGAAGGACAGAAAAUGUCAAGACAGUGUAACCUGUUAACAAGAGCCAGACCCUUUUUACUUUAUAAAAACAAAAAAGUUAUUUGUGAACAACU